GGACGUGUCUUGCAGCUUGCUCUCACCCCAGACCACACUGCUCUGCAUACGUCCCAUUUACGAGACACGAAACGCUGAAAAUACAGACAUGCCGAAGAGAAAUGCGACGCGCGACACCCACAAGCGGCCCAGAAAGCAGGAUAUCCUCGACACUUUCUUCGGCGGUUCCAGCUCUCCGCCUCGUCCCGAAAGGCUUCCUGCAAGUGGGAGUCGUAGAUCACGCCGAGGACGCACUUCUGAUCCAGCUGUUGCGAAAAAAGUAGUUCCAGCGCUGGAUGAGGACGGAAGUCAGAGCAGCGAUGUCGGUGCGAUCCAUUUCGAGACAGCGCCUGCUACUACCACAGAGGAGGACGACCUCAAGAGCUCACCGCGUCGCCCUACGAAGAAGCGUAUGCUGAGGAAGAAGAGGGCAGAUAGCGACGAAGAGAAUGAUCCCCAACAAUCGAGCGAGGAGGAAACGGGUGUGCCUACCACAUGGAAGCGUAGUAGCAAGGCUGCCGGGAAGCGGAGGGAGGCUGUGGUCGUGGGUGAUGAGGACGAGGAAGAAGUGCAGCCGCGCAAACGCAAGCUUGUGAGGGGGCAGCGACCGCCUUCCCCGGAAGAGGAUAAGGACGACUUGUUGGGUGAAGUUGAUGAGCAUAGGAUCAUUAGUUCCCGUCUGCGCUCUCGCGACACAAAGACCGCUUUUCAGAAGAAUCUUGAACGAUUGCAACGUAAGAAGCGGGGUCAACCGGUGGCUUCAACGUCCACAUCUGCCGACGACGACGACGACGACGAGGUCGAUGAUGCGCCGUUCGCCGAUGCAAGACCUGGCAAAUCCGGCAAAAGGGAUACUACACCAGACGAAGACGGCGAUACAGAAGAGGACGACGCAUUCAUCGUCGAAGACGAUAAUGCUGCUGCACCAGAGCUUCCUGCCGAGUUCAGCAUGAACACCUUUCAAGACUUGCUUCAUCAUUUCAAAAUCAUCUGUCAAUUCUUCGUGCACCUCGCCGUGCACGAACCAGACGAGAGGGAAGAUAUAAGAGCCGACCUCGUAAAGAACCAGUACUUCGCUGUACCGCUCCAGAUCGCUAGACGGAAGCUGUUGGGCAUGCGGGACUCGCUUGUUACGUCCUCGGUCUGGCGGACGGAUUACAAGAAAUCGCUGGAGACAUACCCAGACUUUGAAGUAUAUGAACUGGACUUUGCCGUUCACGGCUGUGACGCCUGUCACCUCGGCUCGCGGAUGUCGACUCGUGUUGGUAGACUCAGUGGGUUGCCAUACGAGCCUGAGACUUUCGAGACAUUCGGGGAACAAGAAAAUUCAGAAGAGGACGACGAUGAGGAUGCGGAACACGGCCGCCGUCACAAGAAAGAGUUCAACUUGGGCCGAUUCUGUGCGGCAAGAACACGCGUCUUCCACAGGUUCUCGCAUUGGGAGUACGCUCUAUUCAGGGUACUGUCUCAGGAGGUGGAUGAAUUGCGCACUGGAGCUGGCGCUCGUGGCUUCCCUCCCGAUGAUCUAUCUGACGCCGAUGGUAUAAUGGACUGGCUCGACCAACGAGGCAUCAUCAACAUCGAAUGGCAAAAGGUGAAAGAUAUGAUGGAGAGUGCGCGGAACCUUGAGAUGAAAGCAAAGAAGGGUGAAGACGAUGAUUGA